AAUUCGAAAAAAUAUCUCAGAAUAGAGUAAAAAUUAAAUCAAUCUCUUGGAUUCUUCUUAACUACUUCUAGUACAGAACUAAUGAUGAUAAAUUGAAAAUUCAAACAUUAUCGAUGAAUAGUCCUUUGCCUUUCCCAUUAGGGAUAAAUUAAUAUCAUCAUUAUAAAGGAAUUGUAACACCCUCUGUGUUUGCAUUGCAGCUUAAAUAGGAACCUAAAAAUAUCUAAAAUGUCGAAAUCUGCGUUAGUGAUUAUCGCCCAAGGGUCUGAAGAAAUGGAAACAGUGAUAACAGUGGAUAUGCUGCGAAGAGCCGGCGUAUCAGUGACAAUGGCUGGCUUGGAUGGAAAUUCACCAGUACUUUGCUCCAGACAAGUCACUUUGGUGCCUGAUAAAUCACUUGCUGAUGCAUUAGCUGAGAAACCACAGUAUGAUGCGGUUAUUCUGCCAGGGGGUCUAGAAGGAUCGGAUCGGCUAUCAAAAUCUGAUGUUGUGGGCACUUUACUGAAGGAGCAUGAAGGAUCAGGAAAAAUUAUUGCUGCUAUCUGCGCAGCUCCAACAGCAUUUGUAGCUCAUGGUGUAGGUAAAGGGAAGAAAAUCACAUCUUACCCGACUACAAAGGACAAAAUCACUUCAGAUUAUACAUACAUUGAGGGUGAAAGAGUUGUUAUUGAUGGGAACUUUGUUACUAGCCGGGGUCCCGGCACGGCCUAUUGGUUUGGACUAUCUCUGAUAGAGUUAUUGACUGACAAAGAAAAAGCUGCGCAAGUAGAGAAAGGAAUGAUUAUUACUGGAUAUUAAUUGAGAUGUUAAGAAUAAAUGUUUAGUCGCAAAAUAAAAUUUGGAUAUUAAA